GGGGGGGGAAUAGUGCCCCAUCGUUGGUGUCAGUGGGGGGGAAGUAGCGCCCCUAUCGUUGGUGUCAGGGGGGGAGGGGAUAGCGCCCCAUCGUUGGUGUCAGUGGGGGGAGGAAUAAGCGCCCAAAUCGUUGGUGUCAGGUGUGGGGAAAUAGUGCCCCAUCGUUUGUGUCAGUGGGAGGAAUAGUGCCCUAUCAUUGGUAUUAGGGAUAGCAAGGUAAGUUCAUUGGUGUCAGUGGGAGGAAUAGUGCUCCAUCAUUGUGUCA